AUGUUCCCUCGUUCUUGGGUCGCCUUCCUCGCGGUGGCGGGCCCUGUGCUCGUCAGCAGCGUAACUCUCCCCACCACGACUGAAGAUGCGGACGGCAAUAUCAUCAUGAACAUCCCCGGCUCUUUUAUGCAGGCCAGUUCGUUGUCUCAGAGCAUCAGCCCCGUCACCGCCGGCGUCCCCUACAUCUACACGGUCGAGUGGAACGUGGCCACCACCGGCAGCUCGCUCGUGAGCUGCACGCUGGAAGUCGACGACCAGGACUCAAACAGUGUCCUGAUUACCGGCUCGCUCGACUCGACCUCCAACGGUGCCUGGACCGUUCUCACCGGCCAGCUCACCCCGUCUACCACGUCUGUCGACUUUGCCUACUUCCUCACCUGUUCCAGCGAUGAUAUCAGCGACGCCACGGCCCAGAUCAUGGGUGCCAAACUCACCCCAGUCGUCGCCGCGAGCAGCAGCAGUGCCCUGAUCGCCUCCAGCACCCCUGUCGGUGGUGCUUCUUCCUCGGGCGCUGCCUCUUCCGUGGCCUCGUCGUCCGUCGCUGCUCCUGCUGGAGGUGCCUCUUCCUCUGCCGUCGAGGCCUCCCCCUCUUCUUCGGCUGCUGCUUCUUCCACCUAUACCAGACGUCCCAUUGGCUCACCUGCCAGUCUGGCUCCCUCCCGUACACCCCUUCCCUCCUCCGCUGCCUCAUCUUCUGCUGCCUUCUCUUCCUCGGUUGCCUCUGUCUCCUCUCGGCCGGCUGCUUCCUCCUCGAGCAUCCCCAACGGUGGUGUCUCGUCGGCUUCCGUCGUCGCCAGCUCCCAGCCCGUGAAAGCGUCCUCCAGCGUCCCCCCCGUCAGCAGCAGUGGUGCUUCGUCUUCCACCCCGGCGAACCCUCAGACAAUUUCUUCUUCCUCCUCUGCCGCUCAGGCGUCUAGCUCUGGCGGCGCUGCUUCUCGUCCUUCGACUUCUGCUGCUGCUUCUAGCGGUCCUCCUGGUGCUCAGUCGUCUGGAAAUGCCCAGACUGCUGCUUCUUCUGGUGCCCCUGGUGCUCAGUCGACUGGAAACGCUCAAACUGCUGCUUCGUCUGCCCAGACCUCUUCUACCGGCGGAGCUGGCGGUUCUGGUUCUCAGCCAACCGGUAACACCAACACUGCUACUUCUGCUCAGACCUCUGCUACCGGCAGUGCUGCUGGUGCUGGCGGUCCUACUGUUACCCGCCAUACUGGCAUCCCUCACAACACCAUCCCUGCAUCUGCCCAGCGUUCUCCUACCGGCAAAGGCGGUCCCCACGGUGGUGCCUCGUCUACCUUCCCCAAAGGUGGAGGUGCUGGUGCCGGCGGCCAUACCAAUACCCGUGCUGGUGCCAGUGCCGGUGCAGGUGGCCAUACUGGUACUCGUACUGGUGCCGGUGCCGGUGGUGCCGGUGGUGCCACUACCACUGUCUCUCAGCAACAGCAGAUGACUACUUCCACCAUCCUGAGCACCCGUACCGCCACCAUCACCGCCUGCCCCGAGACCGUCACCGACUGUCCCGCCUCGGCCAAGAGCACCUACCUGACCACCGAGACCCUGGUUGUAUCCACCACCGUCUGCCCCGUCACUGCCGCCGAGUCCGCAUCUGCCGUUCCGACCACCAUGGUCACCGCUGCCCCGGGUCCGGAGAGCACCACUUCUACCAUCCUUACCACCCGCACCUCGACUAUCACCGCUUGCCCCGCUUGGGUCACGGAUUGCCCGGCUAGUGCCAAGACCACCUACCUUACUACUGAGACGCUCGUGGUCUCCACCACUGUCUGCCCGGUCACUGCUACUGAGACUGCAUCGGCCACCGGUUCUUCUGGCUCCUCUGGUUCCUCUGGUUCCUCUGGUUCCGGCUCGGAUUCUAGCUCUGGUUCCGGUUCUUCUGGCUCUGGCUCUGGCUCUGGCUCUGGCUCUGGCUCUAGCUCUAGCUCGGGCUCCAGCUCCAGCUCCAGUUCCUCUGGCUCCUCUGGCUCCAGCUCCGGCUCCAGCUCCGGCUCCAGCUCUGGCUCCAGCUCCGGCUCCAGCUCUGGCUCCAGCUCCGGCUCCAGCUCCGGCUUCAGCUCCGGCUUCAGCUCCGGUUCUAGCUCUGGUUCCAACUCCAGCUCCAGCUCCAGCUCCAGCUCCAGCUCUGGCUCUGUUUCUGGCUCCGAGUCUAGCUCUGGCUCUGGUUCUAGCUCUGGUUCCAACCCUAGCUCUAGCUCCGGUUCCAGCUCCGGCUCUGUGUCUGGCUCUAGCUCUUCCAACUCUGGCUCAUCUGGCUCUGGCUCAUCUGGCUCUAGCUCAUCUGGCUCUGGCUCUUCUGACUCCUCUGGCGUCUCUGCAGAGAGCGGUGCUGGCGCUGCCCAGGCCUCCACCUUUACCACCAGGGUCGGCGGCUACACGCCCACUGGCUCGGCAAGUGGCGUGUUCGCUUCGAGCAGUGCCAAGGCCAGCAGCAGCGCGUACACCAAUGCCACGAGCUCUUCUCCCGCCUCACCGGUGUACACCGGCGCUGCCGCCCGGUUACAGGCUGUGGCCGGCGUGUUUGCCUCGGUGGCUGCUAUUGUCUCCGCCAUGAUCUACCUGAUCUAA